AUGAAAUACUAUAAUUUUAAUUUAUUUCACACAAUACGCAGUGGUUUCAUAGCUCAAACAGGCGACCCGACUGGUGAAGGAUCUGGAGGAGAGUCUAUAUGGGGGCUUUUAGAUGGUCCAGAAAAACGUUUCUUUUCUGGUGAAAAAAUGCCUAAAAUACGUCACACCGACGCUGGUUUACUAGCAAUGGUAUGUACAGGUGACAUGAUGGUUGGAUCACAAUUUUAUUUCACCCUUGCUUCUGAUUUAGACUCCUUGGAUGGGGUACACUGCAUCAUUGGUGAAGUCACUGAAGGUCGAGAAAUAUUAAGCAAGCUUAAUGAAGUUAUUUGUGAUGAAACUCAUCGCCCAUAUCAAGAUGUUAGGAUCACUCACACAGUUGUUCUAGAAGAUCCUUUUAAUGAUCCUCCUGGUCUCAUGCCACCGUCUAGAUCUCCAUCACCCAGUGCUGAGCGUUUAAGAGGAGGUAGAAUUGCACCUGAUGAAGAAAUAGAUGAAACACAAGGUAAGACUGCUGAAGAAAUACAAGAAAUGGUAGAAGAAAAAGAAGCAAAAGCAAGAGCAACUAUAUUAGAAAUAGUAGGUGACUUGCCGGAUGCUGAUAUUGCCCCACCAGAAAAUGUGUUGUUUGUUUGUAAGCUUAACCCUGUCACUACUGAUGAAGACUUAGAAAUCAUUUUUAGCCGUUUUGGAAAAAUUGUUAGCUGUGAAGUUAUAAGAGAUAAAAAGACUGGUGACUCAUUACAAUAUGCCUUUAUAGAAUUUGCUGACAAGCAGUCAUGUGAAGAUGCCUAUUUCAAAAUGGACAAUGUGUUAAUAGAUGAUCGACGUAUUCAUGUGGAUUUUUCUCAGUCUGUUUCUAAAAUGAAGUGGCUGGGAAAGGGUAGAGGUGUUAAGUACCUGAACGAAAAUGAAUCUAAAACUACUUACACUGAUUAUGAUAAAUUGAAAAGGUCCCGAAGUAGGGAGAGAAUUGAAAACUCAAGUUAUGAUAAAAAGAGAGAAGAAAGAUCUAGACAUAGCAGUAAACAUGAUAAAGUAACAAAUAAUAAUGAUAGAGGUAAGAGACAUAGUCGUGAAAAGCAUAAAAGCCAUGAGAGGAGCAGAAGUAGGUCACGAACUUAUGAUCACAGAAAUGCAACAUCUAAAAGAGAAAGAAGCCCUUAUGAUGAGAGAAGAGAGGAAAAACAACCUCUAGAGAGAAGCUCAAGACAUUUCAGAAAUAACAAACACCAUGAAGGUACUAAUAAUCAUGACUAUAGUACCAAGAAGGAAAAAGUGACAUCCCAUUCUAAAAUUCAUAAAAGACAUACUUCCGAGUCACCCAAUCAAAGAAAGGAAGACAGUAACAGAAAAACUAAACACAAUAGCAAAAGUGAAAAUAUUGAAAGUAAAUUAUCUCACAAUGAUAACCAUGAAAGUACUUCCAAGUAUAAUAAGCUAAAACGAAAACAACCGAACAAUGAAACAAAACAUAAUAUUAGGGAUAGUAAAAAAACAAGAUAUGAUGAAUAUGCAAGAUCUCGGACCCCAUCUCCAGUGGUAAAGAAGAAAAAUGAAAAGCAAAGAAUAGGCUUAAAAGAAAAAAAUUGUAACAAAAGAAAUAAUAAGAAGAAUAAAAACCUAAAAAAGAAACGAAAGCCUUCAACUUCUUCUUCUGAAACUGAUUCCUCUGAUUCUAGUUCUUCUAGUAGUAGUAGCAGUAGUACUAGUUCUUCAAGCGAUUCAGAUCAUAAAAAGAAAAAAUUAAGAAGAAAAAAAAGAAAGGAUUCAACAUCUAGCAGCAGCAGUAGUGAUUCUAGUGACAGUUCAUCUAGCUCUUCUAGUUCUGACUCAAGUAGUAAUUCCAGCAGUUCAAGUUCGGAUAGUGACCAAAAAAAGAGGAAGCAAAAGAAAAAAGGGAAGAAAGUAGUCAGUAAAACUAAGCAUAAGUUAUAG